AUGUCAAAAGUUCGAACCUGGAGCUUCUCGGCCCUUCGCCGCAAGGCCUACCUGGAGACGAAGCGCGCAUCCUUCCCGCGAUUCUACUUCUUGUCUGACGACGAGCUGCUGAGCAUCAUGUCCCAGACCAGGAACCCUGAAGCGGUCCAGGAGCACCUGGGCAAGUGCUUCGAUGCCAUUAGCAGGGUGUCGUUCACUGAGGACAAGAAGAAGGACAUCCUCGACAUGAAUGACAUGAUCAAGGAGAAGGUCCACUUUGUCAGCCCGGUGCAGACGCAAGGCUCUCCUGUGGAGCGAUGGCUUGGGCAGAUUGAAAUACGCAUGGUGGAGAGCCUUCAGGCGUUGACGAAGGCCGCCGUGGAGGCUUAUCCCGAGGAUGGCAUCGUGCGGAAAGACUGGCUUUUCGGGCCCUUCCCUGCGCAAGCGGCACUUGCGGUGGACCAGAUCAUGUGGACAAAGUGCGCCGAGGACGCACUGAACCUUGUGGAAAAAGGGGACCCGCAGGCCAUGCGGGCCAAUAUCCGCUUUACCAACCAGCAGCUGGAGCACAGUGUCGAGCUGGUACGCCUGGAUUUGACCAAGCUACAGCGGGUGCUGAUGGGUGCGCUGAUUGUCCUGGAUGUGCAUGGAAUUUCCGUCCUGGAGCAGAUCGAUGCUGCCAAGUGCAGGUCUGUCAAUGACUUUGACUGGAGCAAGCAGCUUCGUUACUACUGGGCCAUGGAGGAGGUACUGAUGUCCGAUGGGACCCGAACUUCGGACACCUGCAUCGUGAAGCAGACCAUCGCCAAUAUCCGGUACUCCUUCGAGUACCUGGGGAACACUCCACGUUUGGUGGUCACACCCUUGACUGACAAGUGCUACAUGACACUGACCGGCGCUAUACACCUCAACUACGGAGGCGCCCCGGCCGGACCUGCUGGUACCGGCAAGACAGAGACCACCAAGGAUCUGGGUAAAGCCCUGGCAGUUCCAGUCAUCGUCUUCAAUUGCUCCGAUGGCCUCGACUACAAGAUCAUGGGCCGCUUUUUCAGCGGCUUAGCCCAGGCAGGUGCGUGGGCGUGCUUUGACGAGUUCAACCGCAUCCAGGUGGAGGUCUUGAGCGUCAUCGCACAGCAGAUGCUGACCGUCACUCACGCCAUCCGCGCUCGCAAGGAGACCUUUGAAUUCGUGGGACGCGAGAUUCCCCUGAACCCGCGCUUCGGGGUCUUCAUCACGAUGAACCCUGGCUACGCCGGCCGAGCCGAACUGCCGGACAACCUCAAGUCCCUCUUUCGUCCGGUGGCCAUGAUGGUCCCUGACUACUGCCUCAUUGCGGAGAUCAUCCUGUACUCCGAGGGCUUCGGAAGCGCCACAGCCCUUGCACGGAAGAUGGUGAACCUUUACAGUUUGUCCAGCGAGCAGCUGUCCAAACAGGACCACUACGACUUCGGCAUGCGCGCCGUGAAGUCGGUCCUGGUCAUGGCGGGCCAGCUCAAACGCAAGUAUCCUUCAUUGGUGGAGGAUGUCACGCUGAUCCGUGCCCUACGGGACUCAAAUGUGCCGAAGUUCUUGUCCUUCGACCUUCCGCUUUUCUUUGGCAUCAUCAGUGAUCUCUACCCGGAAGUGGACGUGCCGUAUGUGGACUAUGGGAGUCUGCAGAAGGAGAUCGAGAACCAGCUGCGGGUCUCAAAGCUGCAGGUGGUGCCCUCCUUUGUCGGAAAGAUCAUCCAGUUGCUGGAGACUCAGCUCGUUCGUCACGGCGUCAUGGUGGUCGGUCACACCUUCAUCGGCAAGUCAACAAACAUCCAGAUCCUCUCCAAGGCUCUUUCCAAGCUGCGCCAGGACAACUCGCCGGACCCUGCGCAUCAGCUCACCAAGACCUUCUCGCUGAAUCCGAAGAGCAUCACCAUGGAGGACACAGUUGUGGAGCCAGUCGCCAUAUCCUGGCAAGCGGGAGCGGGAACCGUAGUGCUGGUGCCGGUAGAGGUUGAAGCGCAUGUCCAGCAAGCACGCAAACUUCUUCAUAUCAGCAGCAGCAGUCGUCAAAGCUUUGCAACGAGGCCCAUGGCUGGUGGCAGCACGAUCCUGGAGCUCAAGCACCAUGUCCUCAACGGCCGCCUGGCGCAGGCGAAGAAGCUGAUCGCAGCUUCGCAGAUCUCUUUGGAGGAUGCGGCUGAUGAAGAUGGAAACACGCCUUUGCAUUGGUUGGCACAAGCCCUGCAGACGGGGCCCUCAGAGACCACAGACCAGGAGAUGCUGACUUUUCUCCUUCAGAACGGCGCUCCAAAGAAUCGGCAGAACUCGUUAGGUGAGACACCACUGAUGUCCGCAGUUCGGAACUUCCUCGCGGACGAAAAGCGUGCGCAGGUUUUGAUCGAGGAGCUCCUCGCAAAGGCGCAUGUGGAUCCCAGUCGCAGCGACCUAGUCGGUGAGACGCCCCUGAUGGAGGCUGCCGCUGCUGGUGUGGAGGGCUUGGGACAGCUCUUGCUGAACCACCGCGCGAACCCCUUGGCUGAGAGCUCCAGCGGUCUGACAGCCCUGCAGUUGGCGAAGGAUUAUGGCCAGGAUGCGUUUGUGCAGCUUCUGAAGUCUCCCUUGGCAGAACGAGCCGCCACAGAGGCCAGAAAGGAGGAAGCAACUGGCAGGAGCCAGGAAGACGCGCAGCGGAUGGCAGAGCUCCGACGGGAGAAGCAGGCGAAGAAAUUUGAGCAGACACUCUUCGGGCAGAAGCUCCGGCCUGGUUUGGCUCAUGGAAAGGACGAGCCUGGGAAGCCCUACCCGGAGUAUGGAACUCUGCAUGACAUCGACUGA